GCCUUGGCGCAGUGCAGCUCCUACCUGAAGAAGCAAGGCAUCACCGCAGAGGCCGCUUAUGACACAGCCGGCAGUGCCAAGCUGAUCUCUGAAGGUAGUUUGAAGGGCGUGGCCGCAAUCUGCAGUGAAUUGGCCGCAGAGCACUUUGGCCUUGAGGUGUUGGACAAAGGCAUUGAGGACGACGACAACAACUUCACCCGCUUUCUGCUGCUGAGACCGGAGCCAGUCACUGUACCUCCUGGCGUAAAAUGCAAGACGUCCGUCGUCUUCUCCCUGGAGAACAUGGCAGGCUCCUUGUUCAAAGCAUUGUCGGUCUUUGCCCUGCGGGACAUUGAUCUCACCAAGAUCGAAAGCAGACCGUGCAAACCAGACAUCAUGACAAACCUUGAGCGCCUCUACGCGAGCAUGCGCGGGACCCCGCCAGCGAAGCGGGCAAAGACGGAUACAGUGGUGUCGGAAGCUCGAUUCCGUUACCUCUUCUACGUGGAUUUCCUGGCAUCUGUCGAGGAGCACAACGUCACCAACGCGUUGCGGCAUUUGCAAGAGAUGACGGUCUUCUUCAGAGUGUUGGGAUCCUUUCCCCAAGGCGGAGCCUUGGUGGGCUUGAAGCACCUGGAAGACCGGAUGGUGCCAAUUUUCCGCCCAGCCACGGAGCCAAAGAAGCGAGUUGGGGUCCUGGGAUUCGGCACCUUCGGUCAGUUCAUUGGCAAGAAGCUGGCCUUGGACCAUUUCGUCUUUGCAGCCAGCCGGGAAAACUACUCCCAGAUGGCGGCGAACUGCGGUGUGUCCUUCGGCUAG